AUGUCCAACAGUAACCUCGAUAUAUGGAUUGCCGGCGCAUUCGCAGCAGUCAUCGUCGACUUCAUCGUCUACCCGUUUGACACCCUCAAGACGCGCAUCCAGUCGCCCAACUACGAGAAAGUAUACAAAGAUGCCUCCACGCGGGCCGUCAGGAAAGACGUCCUCUUCCGGGGCUUGUACCAGGGCGUAACAGCAGGAGCCUUCUUCACCACGUACGAAGCCCUAAAACACCUCCUCAACACCACGCACAAGAACAACACGUCCAACAACCUCGCACUGCGCCACUCGCUCCCCGCGCCCGUCAUUCACGCACUCGCCUCGUCCGGCGCAGAAAUGGUCUCGUGUUUCAUCCUCACGCCCGCCGAGGUGAUCAAGCAGAACGCCCAGAUCGUCAACGUGCAGUCUGCGCAGGGUACGAGACCCGCCACGGCGACGGUGCAGGCCGUCGCGAAGUUCCGCCAUCGCCCCUGGAAGCUGUGGAGCGGGUAUACGGCGCUUGUGGGCCGCAAUCUGCCGUUUACGGGGCUUCAUUUUCCGAUUAUGGAGGCUGUGCGGGCGAGGAUUGUGGCGUGGAGGGAGAGGAAGCGCGAGGAGCGGCGCGUGCUGGGGUUGGAUGUUAGCGCGGGGAAGGUGGGUGGGAGUGAUGUUGUUGAGCGGGCGGUCGUCACGGGGGUUUCGGCGGCGAUGUCGGGGACGAUUGCGUCGACAGUGACGACGCCGAUUGAUGUUGUCAAGACGAGGAUGAUGUUGUCGGCUGGGGAUGGUGACGGGGGGACGAGGCAUGUGAGCUCGUGGGCUGUUGGAAGGAAGGUCUUCCGGGAUGAGGGUGUUAGGGGUUUGUUUCGCGGGGGUGCGAUUAGAGGUGUGUGGACGGCUUCUGCGCUGAGUAUCUAUCUGGGGAUGUAUGAGGGCGGGCGGUCGUAUCUUGAGAAGCGGAGAGAGCGGAUGGCAGAUGAAGAGAGUCGAUCGCAGAGCCAAACGGCUAUAUAG